GGAUUGAGAGAAGGUCGAGCGCUUGGAUCGUUUGGGACUUCAGGAAGAAGAAGAAGAAACUAAGAGAGAUUCGGUCGAGAAAACAGCAAUUGGGAAUUUCCAAAAGGCAGAAAAAAGUUAUCGAUUUGGUCAAGAGAAAAUUUAAGAGGAAACCGUCGAAAUGGGAAGACUUAUCAAGAACCACUGGGCUAGACUCAUCGCCAUCACUGCUGCAGCUUACCAAAUUGCUGCCGCGCUCGAGGCGUUCUUCUGGCCCAAGAUAUUCUUCGACUUCCUAACGAAAACGCUAGAUGGGGCCGUAAAACCGGUUCCGGCGCUCCAGAUUAUAAACCUAAUCUUGGGAAUAGGGAUAUUGGCGUGGGAGUGGCCGCUGGGCCUCAUCGCUGGGAGCGCGAUUCACCGAAGUAUCGAGGCCCGUCUCGCUACGUUCCCUCUGGCAUCGCUCGCCGCGGUCCUCAUAUACCAGGGCACCAAUCCUGCUAUCUACUACUUGGUAGCGAUGAUCGUCUACUUCGUGGCGUACAGUGAAGGCGAGAUUGUCUGCGCUAAGCCAUGGACUCUGCCGCAACGAGGCCGCUCGGGUGGCUCCAAAGCGUAAAGGUAGAACGGCGACUGCCUUUUCGCUUCGAUCGAGCAAAUACACCCGGGUCUUGUACAAAUUUCAAAUUUGGCCUCACCACCUCCUCGUUUCCGCUCACGAUCAUGCGUCGGCUCAAGGAGGCGAGGAAGAGAUGGAGCUG